CAAGAGUCCAUCUCCAUUACCUUUUUAAUUAUUACAACUAAUUGUCAUCCAAAUUCCUUUGAUAAAAUCAAAUGGAAUUUUGGCUAAUUCUUGUCUUGAUCCCAUGUUUCACAUUAGUAUCAUUAAUCCACCAAAUUGCAUGCUCUCUCAACCUUUUGCUACUCUCCUCCUACCUCUUUCUCUCCCUCUUCCUAAACCUAUGCUUAAUACCAGGUGGUUUUGCAUGGAAGAACUCUCACCAAAACCCUAGAAACCCCUUGAAAGGCCCUAGAUUUUCUUGGCCUUUUCUAGGGUUUUUACCCCAAAUGGGGCCUCUUGCUCAUAGAAAACUAGCAUCCAUGGCUUCUUCAUUGCGGGCUACGCGCCUCAUGGCCGUUAGCCUUGGCUCUACUCGCGUGGUCAUCAGUAGCCACCCUGAGACUGCCAAAGAAAUUCUCUGCGGAACUGCAUUUUCUAAUCGCCCCAUAAGAGAAUCGACACGUUUACUCAUGUUUGAUUGCGCCAUUGGAUUUGCCCCGUCUGGGAAUUACUGGCGCCACCUCCGUAGAAUAGCUUCAACUCACAUGUUUUCGCCUAAGCGUGUAUCUGGGCUCGAGGGUUUCAGGCAAUCCGUGGCGAAUAGCAUGAUAGAGGAAGUGCGUAGGGCGAUGGUGGAGAGAGGGGUUGUGGAGUUGAGAGGGAUUUUGCAAAAGGGUUCUUUGGAUAAUGUGUUGGAGAGUGUGUUUGGGGGUAGUGAUUUAGGUUUUGGGGGCGAGUUAGGUUUGAUGGUGAAAGAAGGGUAUGAGUUGAUCGGAGAGUUCAACUGGGGUGAUUACUUUCCAUUAGGGUUUUUGGACUUUAGUGGGGUGAAGAGAAAGUGUCAUAAGUUAGGAGCUAGGGUUAAGGAUCUUGUGAAUAAGAUUAUACAAGAAAGAAGAAAGAUGGGGGAUUUUAAGGUUAGGAAUGAUUUCCUUAGUGUUUUGUUGUCCUUGCCUGAAGAAGAGCAACUUAGUGAUGCAGACAUGGUGGCUGUCCUAUGGGAGAUGGUAUUUAGAGGAGUUGAUAAUGUUGUAGUUCUUCUUGAAUGGAUUAUGGCUCGAAUGGUCCUACAUCAAGAUGUUCAAGCAAAGGUGCAACGUGAAAUUGACACGAAUAUUGGUGAUCAAGAUAAGUACAUUCAAGAUUCAGAUAUAGUAAAUCUGCCCUACCUUCAAUCCGUCGUAAAAGAGGCAUUAAGACUACAUCCUCCGGGCCCACUGCUCUCAUGGGCUCGUCUGGCAAUCCACGAUGUCCACUUAGACAAAUGUUUUAUCCCAGCUGGCACGACAGCUAUGGUAAAUAUGUGGGCCAUAGCUCAUGAUCCAUCAAUAUGGGCCGAUCCAUGGGCUUUUAGGCCCGAACGGUUCAUGGAACAAGACUUUUCUAUUAUGGGCUCGGAUAUGAGGCUUGCUCCUUUUGGGUCGGGCCGUCGGGCCUGUCCUGGGAAGGCCCUCGGACUCGCCACGGUUCACCUAUGGCUUGCUAGAGUUCUCCAAGAGUUCAAAUGGCUUCCAUCCCAACCGGUUGAUCUUGGAGAAAAUUUAAAGCUUUCUCUUGAAAUGAAGAAACCAUUAUUAUGUUAUGCAGUUGCUAGAUAGACAAUUUAAAUAUUGAUAGUAUGAAGUUUGGUAAUAAUUUGCAUUUGAAUUUGUACAAGCUUAAAAUUGUAUAAUUAAGUGUGAUCUCAAGUUUGUACAACCUAAUUAAGUUAGCUUGUAUGGAUUAA